AUGAUUCCAACUCCUGACCCUCCUCUGAUAGUUCUGUUACCAACUCCUCCUGGUCCUCCUCUGAUAGUUCUGUUACCAACUCCUCCUGGUCCUCCUCUGAUAGUUCUGUUACCAACUCCUCCUGGUCCUCCUCUGGUAGUUCUGUUACCAACUCCUCCUGGUCCUCCUCUGGUAGUUCUGUUACCAACUCCUCCUGGUCCUCCUCUGGUAGUUCUGUUACCAACUCCUCCUGGUCCUCCUCUGAUAGUUCUGCUACCAACUCAUGCUAGUCAUCCUUUGAUGGUUCUGCUACCAACUCCUCCUGGUCCUCCUCUGGUAGUUCUGCUACCAACUCAUGCUAGUCAUCCUCUGAUAGUUCUGUUACCAACUCCUCCUGGUCCUCCUCUGAUAGUUCUGCUACCAACUCAUGCUAGUCAUCCUUUGAUGGUUCUGCUACCAAUUCCUCCUGGUCCUCCUCUGGUAGUUCUGCUACCAACUCAUGCUAGUCAUCCUUUGAUGGUUCUGCUACCAAUUCCUCCUGGUCCUCCUCUGGUAGUUCUGCUACCAACUCAUGCUAGUCAUCCUCUGAUAGUUCUGCUACCAACUCCUCCUGGUCCUCCUCUGAUAGUUCUGCUACCAACUCAUGCUAGUCAUCCUUUGAUGGUUCUGCUACCAAUUCCUCCUGGUCCUCCUCUGGUAGUUCUGCUACCAACUCAUGCUAGUCAUCCUUUGAUGGUUCUGCUACCAAUUCCUCCUGGUCCUCCUCUGAUAGUUCUGCUACCAACUCAUGCUAGUCAUCCUUUGAUGGUUCUGCUACCAAUUCCUCCUGGUCCUCCUCUGGUAGUUCUGCUACCAACUCAUGCUAGUCAUCCUUUGAUGGUUCUGCUACCAAUUCCUCCUGGUCCUCCUCUGAUAGUUCUGCUACCAACUCAUGCUAGUCAUCCUUUGAUGGUUCUGCUACCAAUUCCUCCUGGUCCUCCUCUGGUAGUUCUGCUACCAACUCAUGCUAGUCAUCCUUUGAUGGUUCUGCUACCAAUUCCUUCUGGUCCUCCUCUGAUAGUUCUGCUACCAACUCAUGCUAGUCAUCCUUUGAUGGUUCUGCUACCAAUUCCUCCUGGUCCUCCUCUGGUAGUUCUGCUACCAACUCAUGCUAGUCAUCCUUUGAUGGUUCUGCUACCAAUUCCUUCUGGUCCUCCUCUGAUAGUUCUGCUACCAACUCAUGCUAGUCAUCCUUUGAUGGUUCUGCUACCAACUCCUCCUGGUCCUCCUCUGGUAGUUCUGUUACCAACUCCUCCUGGUCCUCCUCUGAUAGUUCUGCUACCAACUCAUGCUAGUCAUCCUUUGAUGGUUCUGCUACCAACUCAUGCUAGUCAUCCUUUGAUGGUUCUGCUACCAAUUCCUCCUGGUCCUCCUCUGGUAGUUCUGCUACCAACUCAUGCUAGUCAUCCUUUGAUGGUUCUGCUACCAAUUCCUUCCUGGCUAGUCAUCCUUUGA